CGUUUUUUCAAACGAACUCUUGAACCCUAAUCUCUUCUUCAUCUUCAAGCAGCCACCUCUUUCGCCAGCUAUGGAGUUUUGGGGUAUUGAGAUUAAGCCUGGAAAGCCCACCAAGGUGGAACAAGAAGAUGGGUAUAUGAUCCAUGUCUCUCAGAUUGCAAUUGGUGAGUUCAACAAGGUUGGAGAUAAGACUGUUCAGGUCUUUGUGAAGGUUGGUGGUGGUGAUAAGCAAAAGCUUCUCAUCGGAAACCUCUCUCAGAAGGUUCCUCAAGUUCCUCUUGAUCUCUUGUUCGAGCAAGAUUUUGAGGUCUCACAUGAGUGCAAAAGCUCCAGUGUCUAUCUUCUUGGUUACAAGACCGUUGAUCCUAUGGAUGGUGAGCUCAACUCUGAUUUUGAUUCAGAGGAUGAGGAUAUUCCCAUGGAUAUGUUUCGAAGUGAAUUGGAGAAAUCAAAGGCCAAUAGGCUGAAUGGUCAAAAGGCCAACCUUGAAGAUGAUGAAUCUGACUCUGAUGAGAUGGGUUCGGAUGAGGAUGAGGAUGACUCAGAAGAAGAAGAGGAUACACCUGUAAAGGUUGAGCCUCCGAACAAGAAAAGACCAAAUGGUGGAGCAACGAACAACAACAACACAGUUGCAUCAAAGAAAGCCAAAGUUGCAAAUCAGCAAGGAGGGCAUAAGGGGCACAAGUGCGGCGGUGUUCAUCCUCCAAAAAGAAAUUAGAGAGAGCCAAGUCUCAUUUUUUUCAUAUGAAGUUUUGAUAGUAUUUUCCUUGUUGGUGAAUGGUUGAGUUACUUGUGAGGAUUUUGGAUUUUGUUUAAUCAUUCAAAUAUAUUUUAUGUUGUUGUCUGCCAUGUCAAUGGUUUUAAAUGAAGUAUGCUUUUUGUUA